AUGAUGAUUGCGGGAGAACAUCAUGAAGAAGACGCUGUCAUGUUGGAUGUCCAACCAUCACCUCAGCCUGUUUGGGUCCAGACGCCUCACAUCCUACAACGAAUCCUCUCCUAUGCCUCCUUUGAAGAACAGUCCACAACACUUCGUUUGGUGUGCCAAUCAUUCAAGGUUGCUGCCUUACAUUGUCUGGAAGACAAGCUCCUCGAUCAAAAAUGGCUCCCCAUUGCCUUUACGAGAUACGAUGCAUGCUCGUGGGUGCGUGCGGAUGCACGCCGAGGUUGGUCGGACGACAGUAUGACUACUGAAGAAGGCGUCAUUGACACGGCUCUUUGGAUGGUUUCCUGUCGCUGCCUGGAUAAAUGCGACGACAAAGCGUCCUGUCCAGGUACCACUGAGCAGUUGGACAUGGACGCCGCCAAACAGCUCUUGACCGAACAUGGCAAGUUCCGACUCACGUCCAAGGGUACUCCAAAAGUCGUGGAGCGUCCCUCUGUGGAAGCGUCAUUGGAACGAAAAGUGGGCCAAAACCUGUACCAGAUUUGCCAACAGGUCCACGAGAGUAUCAAGAAAGAGGUGGAUUACCACUAUUUGCCAGGGUCUCUGAUGAAGUACUAUGGUGUUGAACAUGGCAUGUCCUCGAAACGAUUUCUCUGCUCUCUUUUCCUAGUCUUCACGGACGGUACGUCCCCCCAGGACGGCCAUUUUCCAGAGGUGACAAUCGCCCUGGCCAGUGCGACCGUUCAAGAACGAGGAGGAGACAUGUACUCUCGCAAGAAGAUGAUAUUCCGGUUUGAAACAGCCUCUCACGAGAAAGUUGAAAUCUGUUUGGAAGGCAAGCAUCACGUUUAUUAG